GUAAUUUUUUAAGUGCUAGGUUUCGAUUUCAAGGUGAGAUCGGUCUGGUAAAUCUGGUGGUUUAGCGUCAAACGAUUGGUGUGAUGAACUAAACCGGUGAAGCGUUAUCAGUACGCCGAUGCACUGUAGCAUAAUUCAGUGGCCUAAGCACAGCGGAAUCAGCCGAAGGGGAUACCUAGACGAACCUAGACGAACCUUAACUGGCCCCCAAAUCUACUAAAACCCACCUACAAGACACCCACCCCGUUCUUUCUGUAGUCUGUAGCCUGUAGCGCGGUUGCUGUUGCCGUCAUCCUUACGACUACCUACUUCCUUCCCCUACAUUGGAUCUUGGUUGGGUACCUUGGUUUAUUUCUGUGCGGCGACGGACCCGAGCACUACCUUAGAAACUUAAACUGAACAUCAACUUUCCCGCCGUAACCGUAUUUUGCGAUCGCGACGCUCGUUAUUCUCCGAUCUUUGGGCACCACGCACGAGUGACGAUUUAGUCACACCCUCGACGAAGCGACCGAGUAACCAAGUAAGGGAAUAUGGCUGUAGGACUUGUUAACGGCCGUCAUGCGGCUGACGAAGAAGCUCGCGCCGAGGUCGACGUACUUAACUCGAGACUAGAAAAGACGACUCAAUUGACCAAAAAGAUUCAAGCAUGUCUGGGGAGAUUGGAAGCUACUGGGAAGAGUGUGCGGGAUGUUUCAGGUCCUCUUAAUGGCGAGACGAAGACAUUGCAAACACUGGGGAAUAACAUAGAAGCUGUUAUUGGAGCUAUAGAGCGCCUUCGCCAACCUGCGGAUUCAAAAAGCGACGAAGAAGCGAUUAUUCGACAGGGCCCUGAAAAGGCUGGCCUUUCCAACUACCUGAACUCGAUCAAACGAUUAAACAAGGCCUUUACGGAUAUGAAAGCUUCGAACCUACGUGCGAAUCAGCAGACUAUGGCUGACCUCCAACGAUUAAUCAAGUCUGGUAACACCCAACUUGAAAAUUCGUUCGACAAGAUGCUACGAGCGGAGACGCCGCGCUCGAUUGAACCGCUGCAAUACACAACCAAAAAUACGCCAUUCCCCCUGCUGACCCAGGACAAGAUUUCGCGGUUAAGCCUAAUGAAUUCCUACGUAGCCGGCAACUCGUUAUCCGAGAACCCGCUAAUCAAAAUCUAUGCCGACGUAAGAGGGCAAUAUCUAUCGCAGACUCUAGUCAACCUUGCAUAUGCAAGUAUCAAUACGGCGAGGAAAAAGAGCUCCGAUACCAUCUACCGGGCCGGUACCAAUGGGAUUGGCAUGUACGCUCAAGCGAUGGAAGGCUUGUUCGUUGCCGAAUACGACAACAUCUGCAACAUAUUUAUGCGACAAGACUGGGGCCCGGCUUUUCAGAUGACCUGUCAAGCCCCGCUGGCUGAAUUGGCUCGAACGAUCCGCGAAAUCAACAAUCACAUCAAAAACCAUCUUAACACCGAUUGUUAUCUUGCAUAUGAGGUCACCGAGAUAAUGUCCAAUCUGUCUAAUAAUAUCGAGGAACGCACGGGUGAGCUCAAAUCUACCUUGGCUGCUGCGCUAAAACCUGUUCGCGAGACAGGCAAGUCUUCACUUGCCGAGCUACUCGAGGACACGAAGCGGAAGGUGGGGGGAAUGCAAGCCCUCCCUUCGGACGGUUCUCCAGUACCCAUUGUCUCAGAGACGAUGCAACGUUUGCAGACCAUGGUUGACUUCCUCCGCCCAAUAUCCAGCAUUAUGAUAUCGUUAGGCGACGGUGGCUGGAAGUCGGCUGCGGCGGCGAAUACUAGUACGGAUGGCAUCCCUAGCUUGGCGUCGUUCGAUAUCGGCGCGGAUGGCAAGGAGAUAUUCGCGCAUUAUUGCACUGACACGAUAGAUGCAUUAAUGUCGGCGCUCGAGCAGAAGGCGAGGAUGUUGCUAAAAGGGAAAUCCGUUAUACUGACGCGUUCAAAGACGUCUCAAUGCAUCUGCUUGACGUGAUCCACACGAGCCGGUCUCAACGACCACCCUCUGGAUCUUCAGAAUCGGCAUCGAUUCUGAAGGGACUCAGCAGCAAGGAUAAGGACAGCAUCAAGGGCAAGUUCCAACUCUUCAACUCAUCUUUCGAUGAGCUAGUAUCUCGGCAUAAGUCGUAUAGUAUGGAACGCGAAGUGAGGCAAAUGUUCGCCAAGGAUAUGCAACAGAUGUUGGAGCCUCUUUACAAUCGGUUCUGGGAUCGGUACCACGAAAUAGACAAAGGCAAGGGCAAGUACGUCAAGUACGACAAGUCGUCCAUCGCUGCAGUUUUCUUGAGCCUCUAUUGAUAGGCUGCCGAGACAUCUGCCGACUGCUGGAACAUGCUGGAACACAUAAUUGAGCUGAACCAUUUGAACGUCGCAAAAUGUCCCAGGCAGAUCCUACACAAGUCUCGUAUGCGGCGAUCAUCAGAUGAUUUCUCCGGGUAUGCCACAAUAUAACCCAGGAUCGCAGCU